GCAAAAUGGGAUAGAAGCAUGCCAUCUACACGCAGCUCAUUCGCCAUGAGCUCUAAGAUUAUACUUAGACCGGGAUGUACAAAGAAGAUCGCAUAGACAUGUAUAAAAUUACAAUUAUUGCCAUAUUACCGUCUAGAUUCCCCCGUUCUUGAAUCUUCUCGCUCUCCCUCUCUCUCUCCUUGCAACUCUUUCAUCUCUGCGGUUUCCUCCAUACCCUCCUUUGCAGCAACACUGCUUCUUUUGAGUGAAAAUGGGCGAGACAGUCGACGAAUGGUCGCCUCCUAGGAUUCACGACGAGGAAAAAUCCACUCCCUCCGAGUAUUCGGUCGCAGUCAGCGAACCACCGCGCAAAGUUCACGGCGUGGCCUGGUUCCUGCUUGUGUUGGCCAUCUACAGCUCAACCUUCCUGUACGCGCUGGACAACACAAUCGUUGCCAACAUCCAACCCGCCAUCGUUCACGCGCUGGAUGGAGUCGACAAGAUCGCCUGGGUCGGCGUGGCCUUCUUGAUGGCCUCCAGUGCCACCCUCCUCACUAUUUUGCAGUUAUUCAGCCAGUUCAACAUCAAGUGGAUGUACAUUAUCUCGAUCGCCAUCUUCGAAAUCGGCUCUGCGGUGUGUGGCGCUGCCCCGACCAUGAACGCUAUGAUCGGUGGUCGCAUUAUCUGCGGUGUCGGAGGAGUCGGCCAGUAUAUUGGCGUGAUGAACUUCAUGCCACGGUUGACUACGAUGAAGGAACGGCCUAUCUAUAUUGGCGCCAUCGGCAUCACCUGGGGUGCGGGAACAGUCCUGGGUCCCAUCCUAGGCGGCGCCUUCACUGACAGCAGUGCCGGCUGGCGGUGGUCUUUCUAUAUCAACCUCUGUAUCGGCGGCCUCUUUGCACCCGUCUACCUCUUCCUGCUCCCAUCGUUGGACCCUCAACCGCGAGGUACCCCACUCAAGCAGCGAUUUGCGCGGAUUGAUUUCCUCGGCUCCUUCCUGUUGAUCGGAGCUUUUGUUGCCGGUAUCAUCGGCGUGAAUUUUGCGGGGGUCGAGUAUGCUUGGAGCGCACCAGGAAUUAUCGUGGCGCUGGUGCUCAGCGGCGUCGCAUUCAUUGCGUUCGGCUUCCAACAGGUGUACUGCAUCCUUACCACCCCUGAGACUCGCCUGUUCCCCGUCGAGAUGGUCUCGUGGCGUCAGCCCCUCAUGGUGAUGGUCUUUGUUUGCGGUUGCUGUGCAACCGUCUGUCUCACCGUGCCCACGUACAUGAUUCCCCUCCACUUCCAAUUCGUCUCGGCCGAUGGGUCGUUGCAGGCCGCUGUGCGUCUGUUACCCUUCGUCUGCCUUCUCGUCUUCUCUUCCGUUGCUGGCGGCUACAUGGUAUCGGUCCUUCCCUACUACAAACCGUGGUUCCUGGUGGGCGGCGCCCUCUGCCUCAUCGGAUCCGCGCUCAUGUUUACCGUCCGCGCCGGUACAAGCGCGGGGGCCAUCUACGGCUAUUCUGCUAUCCUGGGCUUGGGAUCGGGCAUGUACAGCCAGCUCGGUCACUCCGUUGCGCAAGCCAAAACCCCUGUUCACCAACUUCCGGCCGCCGUGGCUUUCACCACCACCGCGCAGCUAAACGGGAUGACCUUUGCCCUUUCGCUGGCGCAAUGUGUGUUCCUAAAUGAAGCCAUCAAACACAUCCAAUGGGUUCUCCCCAACGAGUCUCACGAACGCAUCGUAUCUACUAUUAGCGGCGCAGGAUCAACUCUCGUGCAGAGUCUGGACCCCGAGACACAAGGGAAGGUGAUUGAUGCGAUCGUCUACGGUCUAGAUCGGGCAUAUAUCUUGUCGAUCGUGGCCGGGGCGUUGGUGGUACUGAUGGGUCUCGCGAUGAAAUGGGAGAAAUUGGAGCUCUCCGGCGCUGUCGCAGGGUGAAU